CUCUAUCGCUUUGGUGCACACUUCUGUUGCUGCUGUAGAAAAUGACUUGCCAUGCUUAAGACGGCUCCUGCUGUUGGCUCAGACAGCCAUUGAGUCUCUCAUCUCGCCGUACCGUGAAGAAGUCCGCUGAAGCCCACACCCUGUCAAGGCCAGAUUCGAACUUUCGACUGCCCCGAACUGCCGAAACGCUUUCCUUCCGAGAUUGGAUCUCGUCCUUACCUGCUCCUUGACGCCAACGCCGAGCAGCCGCCAUGUCCUCGUCCUCGACCAGCGACGCGCCGCCUACCAAACCCCCUGCGCCGCCGCGCAUGCCCUCGCUGAACCAGCUGGCGGCGCGCAUCAAGGUCGAUCCCAACGUCGCCGCGCAGCAGUCGACCGCGUCCCCCUCCACCGGGCGCCCGCGCCUCGCCGCAUUUGCGCUGCGUACCGGCUCGAACGCAUCCCUCUCCACGACCGCAUCCACGCAGGACUCGGUGGCCGUGAACGCCUCGACGACGCGCGCGGCCUCGCCGAUCGCAUCUCCGCCGACCGUCGAGACGCCGACGGGCGAGACGGCCAGCACCGAGGGCGAGCCGCUCACGAAGGAGGGGCUGGACAAGCUGAACGAGCUGCAGCCGCCCGACAAGGGCCUGCUCAAGCCCGUGGGGUACAAGAACAUUCCCAGCCUCGAUGCGAUCACGGCGCGGCUGGCAAAGACGCGCGCGCUGAGCGUGGACGGGACGCCCAAGCCCCCCGAGCCCGAGAUGAUGGAGGAUCCGAAGACGCCGGGCAUCCAGGUGAAGAAGCCCGAGCACCCCCUGCAGUACACCUGGACAAUAUACCACGACACAAAGUCCUCCAAGUUCCCGCCCACCCCCGCGCCGCCCGCCAGCGCCGCGUCCGACACCACCUCCUUCCACCAGACCGAGUCGACGGACUACGAGGCCGGGCUCACCGUCGUCGGCAGCUUCGCGACCGUCGAGGAGUUCUGCCGGUACUUCAACUGGCUCAAGCCGCCCUCGCACCUCGAGCGCAACUCGAACUACCACCUCUUCAAGUCCGGCAUCAAGCCGAUGUGGGAGGACCCCGCGAACGCGAACGGCGGCAAGUGGGUGCUCACGAUGAAGAACAACCCGCAGCUGCUCGACCGCUGCUGGAACUGGCUCGUCAUGGCCCUCGUCGGCGAGGAGCUCGAGGAGGGGCACGACGAGAUCUGCGGCGCGGUCGUCAGCCUGCGCGCGAAGGUCGACCGCAUCCAGGUCUGGACGCGCGGGAAGGAGGACGUCGAGCGGCUGAACGGCAUCGGGAAGAAGCUCGUCAAGCUGCUCGACAUCUCCGAGGCGGACGGCAUCGGGCUCGAGUUCCAGUUCAACACGGAGGACAGGCCGCAGCCGAACAAGUUCCUGUCGAUCCAGGCGAUGCCGCAGUCCGGCUUCCGCAACUCGUUCCAUGGGCCCCCGGGCAGCGGCGCCCCCUUCCACCACCCUCCGCGGCAGGAUACAGCCUCGCCAGUCGGUGGGCCGCAAUCCGCCGUCAACCCCAACGCGAGCGCGUUCGGCGGAUUCGGCGUGGGCAUGGGCGGGCCCGGCUGGCGCGUACCGAAGCGCGGGUAGUUUGCUGCCGCUCGAUGGUUGUCGCUGCACGAGGAUAUUGGGGCGCCGGUUGGCAUAAUGAGGAGGCUGAGGGCAUGUUUUGCAUACUACUUUCACCGCAGAUUAGCUGCCAUUGGCUGAAGUGCACAUAUGUAGGGUUUUUUUACCGCGUAUUGACCAUCUGACGAAACAAGUGUACUUGUAUGCUUACCGCACAUGAAUUUUAUACUGUACCCGUCCUGCGAAUUCCUUUGCCUCAUAUACAAGCAAAGUCAAACAAGGGA